AUGAGAUAAAGUUUAAUAAAAAUCUUUUCCUCCGCCACCAACGAAAUGAAAUCCAACCCUUUCUGAACAACUGAACACAAUGAAACAGGACUGCGGAGGAAACCUCAUGUUCAACAUGUAUCUCUCAGAUCCAACAGAAAAUCUGUUGAAAGAAAGCAAAGGAACAUCCUGGGGUCCGAUAAAUACAGGAGUUCAAAAAGGGAGUGGGCAGAUUCAGCUCUGGCAGUUCCUGUUGGAGCUCCUCUCUGACAGCACCAACAUGUCAUGCAUCGCCUGGGAGGGCACCAACGGAGAGUUUAAGCUCAUCGACCCCGACGAAGUGGCCCGGCGCUGGGGGGAGCGCAAAAGCAAACCCAACAUGAACUACGAUAAGCUGAGCCGGGCGCUGCGCUACUAUUACGACAAAAACAUCAUGACCAAGGUCCACGGCAAAAGAUAUGCCUACAAGUUUGAUUUCCACGGCUUGGCGCAGGUAUGUCAGCCGUCCACCACUGAGCAGGCCAUCUACAAAUUUCAGGGCAACUUCUCCCCGAUUCCCUUCUCCGGGAUUUCCAAACUGAACCUCGUGGCUCCCGGUGUGGGGCCUUCGGGGUUCUCCUACUGGCCUGGUUCCACACCUGCAGCUCUGUAUCACAGCCACAACCUCCAGCCUCCAGGACCCUUUGGCACCGUGUCUCCGUCCCACAUCGGCUGCGUCAACAACAUCAGCAGUCUGAGCAACAUCAAUAACCAUUAUAACUGACUCUUAAUGCAUACUUUAGACAAACUGGAAAAAUCGAGACACAACUAUGAAUAAGGACAGAUGACAAAUAACACUAACCCGUCGAUUUUGGUGGUUGGCAGGAAAAAUGACGAUUUAAUCUUAAAGUGGCGUGGUUUGGUUAAAAAUCUGGCGUUUUGAAAAGUUUAAGGAAUUUUUUUUUAAGUAGCACAAAGCUGUGUUUAAACUCGUAAUACACAAACGAUAC